AUAAUUGAACAUGGGUAAAAUUUUCUUUAACUACACAUUAAUAAUAAAAACUGGUAAGCAUCCAAAACCCAAAUUCGUCACAAACACCCAAAUUCGCCUUCUCUCCUCUCCGUAGGCGGUGAAGGGUUUUGCAUCAGAAGGAGGAGUGUCCUCACGUGAGGCCGAGAAAUGGGAGUUAGUAAAACAGAAGUAAACUUGAAGAGAUUGCUUGCAGCUGCUCCUCAACAGCAAAACCAGACAAAACUUGUACAUUAUGUUGCUACUUUGCGUGAACAGCUUGAACAAUUGGCUGAAGACAAGACACCAGAAGGCUUGCCAAGGAUCUCAAAGGCUAUGUUGAACGAUUAUUCAGAGAAGAUUGAAGCCAUUGCUUCAAAAUUGGUUUACGUGCCUGACAUAGAAGUAUCUGAAAAAGACAUUGAAAGAAAUGUUAAAGAAAACCCUUCUGAAAUUGAGGAAAAAAUGGCGUUGUCACCUUCUUCUGGAUUGCGAAGAAGGCCUGUACCCGCCUCAUGUACUGACGAUAGAGCAAAUGAGCCUUCAGAGACUGAUCAUUUGUCAUCUGUUAAAUUGGAUACUGCAGGACAUGCACAUAUUGAAAAACACAGAAAGCUUCAAGAUGAUUUGACGGAUGAGAUGGUAGUGUUGGCAAAACAACUCAAAGAGAGUAGUCUCAUGAUGAGUCAGUCUGUAAAAAAUACCGAAAAGAUACUUGAUUCUACCGAGCAGGCGAUUGAACAUAGCUUGGCGAGCACAGGCCGAGUCAAUGUGAGAGCAAAUACAAUAUAUUCAGAGAGUUCCAAGACUUCUUGCUUAACAUGGCUUGUGAUGUUUGUGAUGACAUUUGUAUUUGUCAUGGUUAUUCUUCUAAUCCGUGUCACAUAAUGUAAAUUUUCCUUCUAUUCAUAUAUUUAAAUUUUAUGGACAAUGAAUAAUUUGUUCAUACAUUCAAAGUAUAAAAACUACAAUAUUUUCUUGGCAUCAUAUCAAAUGUCACUUUUGAUCAAAAUAUAAUAAAAAGAAGGAUUAAGCCA